AUGAUGAUCAAGACUGUCGCCUCCGUUGCCGCUUUGGCCACCGCCGUCCAAGGAUUUUCUUCCAUUGCCGUUCCUCGACCCGAUGCCUCCAAGGCUGUGAAAGAGGCGCUUGAAAUCACAGAGUCCUUUGGAAUCAACUCCAAUGAAGCCAAGGUGGCCUGGGAUAUUGUGGAAGAGAUCGAUGCCAGUGAUAACAGUGAAGCCACCAAGGGCAGCUUGGAUGCUGAAUGUCCCGUGCAAGAAGAAGUGAGCUUGGAAUGCAUGGACUAUGGAACCUUCAUGGACCAGAUGAAGGUCGUUCGGGAUCUCACCUCGGAGAAAAACCACAAAGCCAACCAGAAUGGCAUGGCCAGUGUUUUGAAAAAUGUCAAGUUGGCAACACCACAAGGUGCCGUCGGCGGUAGCAGCCCCGAGCUGGAACGAGCUCUGUUGGAAGCUCGCACGGCCACGCAGGAAUACGGCAUUACCUCCCCUGAAGCCAAGCUGGCUUGGGAAACCUACGAGGAUAUCGCCUCUUCGGGCACUCAAAAUGCCAUGGGAACUAACCUCAUUGAUGAAUGCAGUGUCGAAGCAGGACAAGAAGCUUGUGAAGCCAUGGAAGAGUUGGAACGUGUCAUGCCCGUUCUUUUGGCCAUUUCCGAUCAAUACAACGACAACCAGCACAACUAG